AUGCCCGUCGUCCUCCCAGAGCUGCUCGAGAGCGUGCGCGGGGCGACUACCGUCGCUACCGUCGCCGUUUCCUCCGUCGCCUCCGUCCUGUCCGCGACUGUGCGCUCGGGGGGGGAGCCUGAUGUCGCCGAGUCUGCGAUUGCUGUCGCCGAGGGGGGAGGUCAUGGAGCCUCGCAGGGGGUUAUCGGCCCGUUUGGAGGAACCGAUAUUGCCAUGUUGCUGCUCACGAUCUCCGUCGCAAUUCGCGUCAUCAACUUUCACUUUUUCAAAAUCCCUUCCAGUGUCGCCAUGGCUUUCGGCGCUAUCCUCAUGACCCUCUUCCUCCUUAUUCUCAGUCAUAUUCCAAUGCUGCACGUGGAUGACGCCAUUGAGGCUUUUCGUAUAUUGCUCAAGGACUUUCCAGAUUUGCUGCUCAAUUAUAUGCUGGGAUUCCUGCUGUUUGCCGCCGCUAUCGAGGUCGACUUGCGCAAUCUCGGCAGGAUUUUCACCACUGUCCUGGCCUUGAGUGUUGUGUCCACCUUGCUGUCGACCUUGAUGGUGGGCAUUCUCACCUAUUUGCUCAUGCAGAACAUUGCUCAUAUGGAUUUCGCCUGGUGCUUGCUCUUUGGAGCCAUCGUGUCUCCAACAGACCCAGUCACUGUUAUUUCAAUUUUGAACGACAAGCCUGACCUUUUACCCUCUUCGACAAAAUAUUUUGUUAUUGGUGAGAGUCUGCUUAACGAUGCCAUCGGCGUCGUCCUGUAUCUCACCCUGUCCGAAAUCAUUGAAAAGCCGGACAUUGGCGCUGUCGAGGUCGCCACCUUGAUUUUCGAAAACGUCGUUGUCGAAUGCUUGUACGGCGCCAUCAUUGGUGUAUUCUUGGCAUGGCUUGCCUAUUCCGCCAUCGGCUCCGUCAAGGACCCUCUCUUAGAAGUAGUUAUCACCUUUGUUCUCGUCGGAAAUAUCAACAUGGUUUGCCGCAUCGUCCACGCUUCCAUCCCUCUCGCCUCCGUAUGUGCCGGUUUGUUUAUCGGGAAUUACGCUGUGUCGUUUGCAAUGCAUGACGAAACCGUCGAAACUUUUCACGAAAUGUGGAAGCUCGCCGAUGAAACUCUAAACUCCAUCCUUUUCUUGAUGGUCGGCGCCGCAGACCUCUUCUGGAACCCCCAAGAUCUCGGCUGGGGCCCUGUGCUACUCCUCGUUGUAUGUACCAUCUCCAUUUCCAUUGUCGUACGCUUUCUGUCCGUCGCGCUUCCCUUGCUGUCCAUCAUUUUCUUGGAAUGGGUCACGGGCAAGCGCUUGCGACAUGAGUCCGUUCGGUACAGGGGGGGGACGAUUGGCUUACUCACGUGGGCUGGGAUGCGCGGCGGAAUAUCAAUCGCCCUCGCCCUCGGUGUUCCCGAUUCUUUUGUGAAGCAUGCCGUCCCCGGUCAUAUGACCUACGGACAGCUUAUUUUCUUCAUGACAUUCAUCCUCGUCGUCUUCUCAAUCGUCGUUCAGGGCAUGCUCUUCGAACCCGUCAUCAGGAUGAUUAACCGAAUUAGUUACGAAAUCAUGCCCAGCGGCGGCCUCGGGACAUAUGUCUCUACAAUGAGUCUCGGCAAUGGGUUGGACUUCGACGACCAGACAUUUAGUGACUCACUCGGAUCCGGGGAAGCGCAUAUUUGGGGGACCAACCCUGACGCCGUUUAUGUCGACUACGAUCCAGGCGAGCAAGCUCCACCCUCGGCAGUCGGUGAUGUCGUGAGAACCGAAGACUACACCUUCAGGGAUGACUUUCAACGAACCACCUCAGAUAUUGGGAUUCAGAGGACAGUAUCUAUGCAUGAGGGAUAUCAUCGACGACCAGCACCUAUUCCCGCCCAUGUUCAAGCCGAGCAGCACGCUCGCCAAGGGUCCAUCACGUUCCAGAAUCUGCCCACACUGGAAGCGCCGCCAUCAAUCCCAGCAUUCUUUGGGGAUUUGCGCAGACGAAGCACAUACUCCCUUCGCCGAUGGUUUGAUCUUCAAGGACGCAUACACAAUGACAAGGAGCCGGAACAGAGGUCGGCGAUAAGAAGGUCCCAGACGGAGCCGGAUACUGCUCGUCUCGCCCGUGGUGAAGCAAGCGCCAACGUUCGACGAGCAAACGCCGCUCAGAAUCCCACGACAAUCUUGGAUAUGGACUCGACCUCCGAUUUGGCUGAGGACGCUAAAGCGCCCUGA